GGCUCCAAUCACUCCGGAGACUGAACCAUGGGGAAAAAGCAGGAUGAAAAUGAGGCUUAUGGGAAAGCAGCCAAAUAUGACCCUUCCUUUCGGGGCCCCAUCAAGAACAGGGGCUGCACAGACAUCAUCUGCUGUGUCCUCUUCCUGCUCUUCAUUUUGGGUUACAUCGUGGUGGGGCUUGUGGCCUGGGUGUAUGGAGACCCUCGGCAGGUCAUCUAUCCCAGGAACUCCACGGGGGCCUACUGCGGAAUUGGGGAUAACAAGGAUAAACCCUAUGUCCUGUACUUCAAUAUCUUAAGCUGUGCUGUGGCCACCAACAUCAUCUCGGUUGCCCAGAAUGGCCUACAAUGUCCCACACCCCAGGUUUGCGUGUCCUCCUGUCCAGAGGCCCUAUGGUCUGUGGAAGGGAACCAGUACUUGAAGACAGUUGGGGAAGUCUAUAAUGAAAACAGGAUCUUUUGUCUACCAGAGGUACCCUCGAAUAUGAUAGUGCAGGAAAGCCUGCAACAGGAGCUCUGUCCCAGUUUCCUCCUCCCCUCCACUCCAGCUCUGGGGCGUUGUUUUCCAUUAACCAACGUUAACUUCACUUUGCCCAACUACCCAUGGAUCAAUAGCAGCACUGUCUCUCAGGGGAUCAGUGGCCUCCUUGACAGCAUCAAUGCCCGGGACAUCUCUGUGAAGAUCUUUGAGGAUUUUGCCCAUUCCUGGUAUUGGAUCCUCAUUGCCCUGGCUGUGGCUCUGGGGUUGAGUCUGCUGUUCCUCCUGCUCCUGCGCCUGGUGGCCGGACCCCUGGUGCUGCUGCUGAUUGUGGGCGUGCUGGCGGUGCUAGCCUACGGCAUUUACCACUGCUGGCAGCAGUACCGAGCGCUGCGGGACAAGGGCGCCUCCAUCUCCGACCUGGGCUUCACCACCAACCUCAGCGCCUACCAGAGUGUGCAAGAGACCUGGCUGGCUGCCUUGAUCGUGCUGGCCGUGGUGGAGGGCAUCUUGUUGCUCCUGCUCAUCUUUCUGCGGCAGAGGAUCCGCAUCGCCAUCGCUCUGCUGAAGGAAGCCAGCAGGGCUGUGGGGCAGAUGAUGUCAACCUUGUUCUACCCUCUGGUCACCUUUGUUCUCCUGGUGAUUUGCAUUGCUUACUGGGCCAUGACUGCUCUGUACCUGGCCACAUCCGGGCAACCCCAGUAUGUCUACUGGGCAUCCAAUGCCAGCGCACCAGGCUGUGAGAGCGUGUCCCUGAAUUCAUCAUGUGACCCCAUGGCCCCACCCAAGAACUCCUCGUGCCCAGGGCUGACGUGUGCCUUCCAGGGCUAUUCCUCCACAGGCCUAGCACAACGGUCACUCUUCAACCUGCAAAUCUACGGGGUCCUGGGGCUCUUCUGGACAGUUAACUGGGUGCUGGCCCUGGGCCAGUGUGUCCUGGCUGGGGCCUUUGCCUCCUUCUACUGGGCCUUUCACAAGCCUCAGGACAUCCCUACCUUCCCCUUGUGUUCAGCCUUCAUCCGCACACUCCGUUACCACACUGGGUCACUGGCAUUUGGAGCCCUCAUCCUGACCCUUGUACAGAUAGCCCGGAUCAUCCUGGAGUACAUUGACCACAAGCUGAGAGGAGCCCAGAACCCUGUGGCCCGUUGUAUUAUCUGCUGCUUCAAGUGCUGCCUCUGGUGUCUGGAGAAGUUCAUCAAGUUCCUCAACCGCAACGCCUACAUCAUGAUUGCUAUCUACGGGAAAAACUUCUGUGUCUCAGCUAAAAAUGCCUUCAUGCUGCUCAUGAGAAACAUUGUCAGGGUUGUUGUCCUGGACAAAGUCACAGACCUGCUGCUGUUCUUUGGGAAGCUGCUGGUGGUCGGAGGUGUCGGAGUCCUGUCCUUCUUCUUUUUCUCUGGUCGCAUCAAGGGGCUGGGGAAAGACUUUGAGAACCCCCAACUCAACUAUUACUGGCUGCCCAUCAUGACCUCCAUCGUGGGGGCUUACGUCAUCGCCAGCGGCUUCUUCAGCGUUUUUGGCAUGUGCGUGGACACGCUCUUUCUCUGUUUCUUGGAAGACCUGGAGCGCAAUGAUGGUUCUGUGAACCGGCCCUACUAUAUGCCCAAGUCUCUUCUGAAGAUUCUGGGUAAGAAGAACCAGGCACCUGACAAGAAGAGGAAGAAGUGAGAGGCAAGGCCCUGACCCAGGACUGCAGCCACCUGUGCAGACGCCAAGCCACACUUGCCUUACACAACCUGAUUUUGUAGUAAACAGAUUUUAUUAAAGAUUAAUAUUUUGUUUUCUCAA